AUCAGUUGAAUUUACUUCGCCACAGGUAAAGCUACGUUUUGUGGGCAGCAGCCAAAGGAAUAAAUAUAAAUAAAAUGUCAAAAUUCACCAAAUUGGUAAUGGAUGAGAAAGAAUGGGAGAUCCCCGAGGUAUAUGAGGUUGUGCGGCUCCUCGGCGCCGGUUCCUUUGGCCAGGUGUCAAAAGUGAAGUUGCGUGGAAGCGAGGUGAAUGUGGCCAUCAAGAAACUGCUGCAGCCAUUCGAAACGGCGGAGCAUGCCAAACGAGUCUAUCGCGAGAUACGUCUGCUGAAGCACAUGGAUCACCCGAAUGUGAUCAGUUUGUUGGACAUAUUCCAUCCGCCAUCGCCUUCGUCCAACCCCACUCCCACUUUGGAGAACUUUCAGCAGGUGUAUUUAGUGACUCAUCUCAUGGAUGCAGACCUUCAUAAUGUCAUACGGUCGCAAAAGCUGUCGCACAGUCAGAUUAAGGUGAUACUCUAUCAGAUUCUGAGGGGCUUAAAGUAUAUUCACAGUGCUGGUGUCCUCCAUCGGGACCUGAAGCCUGGCAACAUUGCUGUGAACAAAGACUGCGAGCUGCGUAUUCUCGAUUUUGGCAUGGCACGAUUGACCAGCAAAGAUAUGACAACUUAUGUGACGACACGAUGGUAUCGCGCCCCCGAGAUUCUCUUCUGCUGGACGAACUAUACCAAUGCAAUUGAUAUGUGGUCUGUGGGCUGUAUAUUUGCCGAACUGAUUACGGGUCGUCCCCUCUUUCCCGGACGGGACUAUCUGAAUCAACUUGAGUGCAUCAUCGAUAAAAUGGGCACACCAUCGGCCGAGUUCAAAAGAAAUAUUGACUUUGAAGGUGCUCGCAAAUACAUUGAAUCUCUGCCCACAAAGAGCCAGUGCGAUUUUGCGGAACUCUUCGGACUUGCCGGCAAUUCUCAGGCCGUGGACUUAAUACAGAAAAUGCUAGUACUGGAUCCGGACAAUCGCAUAACAGCCGAUGAAGCAUUGAGACAUCCAUUCCUGAAAGACUUGGUGAAGCCUCACCACAACGACGAGGACACUGCUCCACUCUAUGAUCAAAAUUUUGAGAACAUGGAUUGGCUUUCUGUAAAGUGCUGGAAGGAGCUUGUGCUGAAUGAAAUCAGGAAUUUCAGACCUCCUCCCUCAUACGAGGAAGCUCUGAAGUGUGCAAUGUGUCAGGUGGAUCAAAAGUGAUGUUAAUAUAAAUAAUAAAUAAAAUAUUUUCGUUCUUUUCAAAUAAAGCCAGUCGUACUCUG